CUCCGGCUAACUCUUACUUUUAAUUUAGUUCAAUUCCUGUGUUCUUUUGUCUCUCACUGAUUUCUCAUCAACACUGUGUACAUUCGCGUUAUUGUGUCACGUUAUUCGUGUUAGUUACGGAAGUAAUAACACGAUAAUUUCUUGGAUGGAAAUGCACAUUUGGAUUUGGAAAAUAAGACAAACUUUUAAAAUUAGAUAAAUGUUUGCUGCCAUGGAUAUCAGCGCAAUGGAUAGCACAUCCUACGGCAGCACCUCCUCUGAUUCAACAGUCAUUGACUCUGAAGAAGACGAUCGUGCGUUUAUUGAAAUUUCGGAAUUAGACAAACUUCUCGGACUCCCACCUCCUCGGUUUGAUUUGAGUGUGGCGGAAACGGACUCAAUUAAAGUGUUUGAUUCGGCUGAAAGUAAUAGUAACUUUGACUCGGAUACAGAUCUAACAGUGCCUCAUAAGCCAGGUUUACCUCAACGCUUAAAAAUGGACAAUGGCUUUGAAACGGAAGUGUGUUAUAAUAAAGAAUUAGAGAAAGUGUCAGUGAUAAAGAGUGAAUUGACUAUUGAGAGUGAUGGACAAGAAGUAGAAACAGAGUGUAACAGUUACCUUACAGAACCAGUGCCAGUACCGGUACCGGUACCGCCUUCUUCAACAGAUGACAUGCUGUAUGACAGGCUCCCCGUGAGAGGCUGCCCCCAAGCCGAUAGUGCGGUUAGUAAAGUUCUUGCCAAGACUGACGGCAACAGCAUACAUCUUCAGUGCCUACAACCCUGUGAUAUAAGCAACCAAAUACCAAAGAAUCCUGCGACCAUACCCUCUCCCGUACUAAAUAAAUUGAAGAAACUCGGCACAUCUGUUGUUGUAGAGCAGCCUGCAUCUGCUUCACAUGUGAGUGUAUGUGAAGCUGGUGAAAAUCCCAAGACUGAAAAUAUUCAUCCUGGUUAUCUGGAAAUCAUGGAAUCAAUAGACAAGGCUGUAGACCUCACUUCCGAUCUCACAAAGAAAAGAAAACGAGCCCCGAAGAAAACUAUCAAAGAUCAAGUGCCUUCCCUUGAUAAAACUCUAGAACAAGUAGAGAAUAGUAAUAACGGAGAUAACCUUGCAAAGUUCCGUUUUCAAGUCAAUAUCAGCCAAAUAAUUAAUAUAUCUGAUCAAGAAAAACUAUAUUCUUGUGAUAUAUGCUCAGGAGUUUACGGUAGAGGAUUUAGUUUAAAACGUCAUUACCUGAGGACACAUAUUAACCACAAACACAUUUCAAAACAUGACCUUCACAACUGUGGAAUAGCAGUGGAUCCCUCUGUAGCAAGAGGAGGAGCACAAAAGAAGAAGAAAGCAAAAGAUGACAGCCCCCCAGUUGUGAGUAACCUUUCUCCCCCCAACGAUAUACCAGAUCUAUAUCGCUGCCACACAUGUCAUCAGUGUUUUAUGUUGAUAUCAGACCUCAAGGCACAUCUUAUGGAGCACCCACCGAUAUCUGUUAGAAACUUGGCAGAAAACAAUUUUAAAAAUUAUACCUGCUCAAAAUGCGAUGCGAGGUAUCAAAACAAGAAGAUGUUCCUUCGUCAUCAGGAAAUGUGUCAGCCGAAAGUGCCUCUUGCUCCGGAAUAUUUCUGUCUAUUUUGCCAUUUAAGUUUUUCUUCUCAUAAACUACAGAAGCUACAUCAACUACAAAUGCAUCAUCCGAAAAAGAAGAUUCACCAGUGUUAUUUAUGUAACACAAAAAUAUUUAAAGAAAGAAGUAAAGUAUUUAAACAUUUAAUUUCCCACCAUUCAGAUGAUUAUUUUGCAUGCUUUACUUGCAAAUUACGUGUUGUGAAUUGGGAAGCACUAAAAAAACACAAUAGAGAAAAUCAUAAACAUUCAAAUAAUGUAAAACCGAACCAACAAAACAUUGUUAGUACAAAGGACGAAAAUAAAAAUGAAAACAAAGUUGAAGAAAAUGGACGAGGAAACUUUACAAAUCACAGCAAUUCAGGUUUGACACUCAAAUGCACUGAAUGUCCUAAAAUAUUUGCUUCCCAUUUGAAUAUGACUCGCCACCGACGUUUGGCCCACAAAGAGCUUGGUGACAAGAAAAGGAAAAUUGUUAAAAAAGAAGGAAAAUGCUUCAAUAAAAAACUUAAAUAAG